AGGACAGACCUGAUACUGAGGAGAUGAAACACCUAUGUACGUGUUCUGGACACACAGUAUCCCUGAACUCUGUAUAUGGAAAGAGAACGAUGGGGUGGAACAUUAUACAAAGCAAACUGGAAAAAAGCAAGGUUCUGAGGAAGAAAGAAGAAGUGCUAAAGAAACAGGAAGAAGCCUCCUGCUGAGAUAUGAUGAAGAGGGACUGAAAGUACUCCCCGUUCUCAAACCAUGGCUAAUGAAAUGACAUCUGGCAUCACCACGGCUCCUAGCAGCCCUAGUAACUUUACAACAACCACUGCUGCAGCCACAGAUAGUCCCAGCUUCAUUGACAGCAUCCUUAACAAAAUUCCAUUACCCCGAUGGGCUCUCAUCGCUAUAGCCGUUGCAGUAGGCCUCAUCCUCAUCCUGUUCCUCAUCUGCAUCAUCAAGUGCUGCUGUUGCAGAAAGAAGCGCAAGAAGAAGGAGAAACUCAACUUGGCUAGCAUCAAUGGCUCCUCCACUACAGCCAGUCUGGUCCAGCCUGAUACGGAAGACAUAGAAUGUGGACUGGACAAUGAGAAACGAGGACGGAUGCAAUAUUCCCUGGAGUAUGACUUCCGAAGUCAUGAGAUGAAGGUUGGAGUGAAGCAGGCAGCAGAUCUGAAGGCCAUGGACAGUGGCGGAACCUCUGAUCCCUAUGUGAUUGUCUACCUGACAUCUGAUAUGAAGAAGAAGUAUGAAACAAAGGUUUACCGUAAGACCCUCAACCCUGUUUUCAAUGAGAACUUCACUUUUCAGAUACCCCAAGCAGAGGUAGCUGAAUCUGCAUUGGUCAUGCAGGUGUAUGAUUUCAACCGCUUUUCCAAACAUGACAUCAUUGGUGAGAUGAGACUGCCUCUUGGUGAUGUUGACUUGCAGCAUGUCAUCGAGCAAUGGCAUGAGCUCACUGCAGCCAGCAAGAUUGAGCAAGAACACCUUGGGGAGAUUUGCUUCUCACUCCGAUACGUUCCCAGCACCAGCAAAUUAACCAUAGUCAUCUUGGAAGCCCAAAAACUCAAGCGGAUGGAUGCACAUGGAUUGUCAGAUCCCUAUGUCAAGGUGCAACUUCUUCUGAACAAAAAGAAGUGGAAGAGAAAGAAGACAAGCAUAAAGAAAAACACGUUAAGUCCUUACUUUAACGAGGCCUUCAGCUUUGAAGUGCCUUUCAACCUGAUUCAGAAUGUAGACCUGGUGAUUUCAGUCUGGGAUCAUGACAAAGUGACCAAGGAUGACCAGAUUGGCAAAGUGUUCCUCGGCUGCAGAGCUACAGGCAAUCAGCUGCGCCACUGGUCAGAUAUGCUGGCCAAUCCCCGCAGGCCUGUUGCACAGUGGCACAACCUGCAACCUGUGGAAGAAGUUGACAAAACCCUGGGGAGGAAGACCCGCUUCAAGCUGCCGCUACCCAGUAGCUAAACAAAGAGGUGGUUCUCUUGCGCUCUAUUCCUCUUGAUAAGACCACGGCCUGACCCAUCCUAGAGUCUGGAUGAAAAGACAAGUUUGCCAAGAGAGAGCUAAUAGUGGCUUCUGCUGUGUAAUACCAGAAUCAAUUGGAGAGGAAGCUAAAAGUGUCCUGUGCAAGAUAACUAAGUAUCCCUUUGGACCCCAGGUCAAGCAAAGAGCAGUCCAGGAUUCCAAAUACACCAGGACUGCAUGUGUCUGCCAUAAUAGAACAAAAGUACUGUUUCGUGUUGAUGGAGAGAAUAACAUGUGAUGCCCAUGGUUGUACUUUUGAUAUAAUAUGUAGUCAAUAAAACCUUGGAUUUAAAGCAAUGUGAUUAACAUGAUGUGGAGAGGGUGAUGUAUAUGGACUUGUGUAGAGCUGGUAUUUCCACCAAGCCUAAGGGGAAGAAAAAACUCAGAAAUAAAUAUAAUUGCAUGAUUAUUGUCCACCUUAAUACUUUAAAAAUCACAUUGAA